CUCUCGCUGCACCUCAUCUGUCCUGUAGUCGGUCUCAGCGCGCGCUGCGGGACACCCUCUGACCGCCGUGCCCAUUACGCACCGCGCGCCUCCGUGUCUGUCUGCAGCUUCUUCUCACAGCCUCGAGAGCUUUGAAGCCGCGUGCCAAGAUAAACUCACCUCGCCCUAUAUAUGCCCCUGCCUCCGCGUGCACUUGGGACAGGACCGGUCCGGGUCUCCAGCGGCGCACGGGGCACUUUUACGCGCCGGGAAUGGACACUUUGUGGGGCGCGGGAGUGAGUCCUGCUCUGGUCCCUCCACUUAUAUUAUAAAGGGGAUUUAAAGAGACACAGCGGGGGAGGGGGAUGCUGCUCCCUACGCUGGUUACGUGCCUCGCCGGGUGCGCCUUCCUUCUCUUGCCGGGGAGCGAGGGCUGCGGACCGGGCAGAGGGCACGGUAAGAGACGCUCACCCAGGAAACUCGCCCCUCUUUCCUACAAGCAGUUCAGCCCCAACGUGGCGGAGAAGACGCUAGGAGCCAGCGGGAGGUACGAGGGGAAAAUCACCCGGAACUCCGAGCGCUUCAAGGAGCUCACCCCCAACUACAACCCGGACAUCAUCUUCAAGGAUGAGGAGAACACAGGUGCAGACCGCAUGAUGACACAGCGCUGCAAAGACAAACUGAACUCCCUGGCCAUCUCAGUGAUGAACCUGUGGCCCGGGGUCCGGCUGCGGGUCACGGAGGGCUGGGACGAGGACGGCCAUCACUCGGAGGAAUCUCUGCACUAUGAGGGCCGAGCCGUGGACAUCACCACCUCCGACCGGGACCGCAACAAGUACGCCAUGCUGGCCCGCCUGGCCGUGGAGGCGGGCUUCGACUGGGUCUACUACGAGUCUAAAGCCCACAUCCACUGCAGCGUCAAGUCAGAUCACUCCGUGGCAGCUAAAUCUGGCGGCUGUUUCCCCGGCAGGGCCUCGGUGACAUUGGCGAGCGGCGAGCAGAAGUCCAUCAGCGACCUGCGACCCGGGGAGCGCGUCCUGGCGGCAGCGGGUGGCGGGGAGUUGAUCUACAGCGAAGUCCUGCUCUUCCUGGACCGUAACCCCUUGACCCGGACACUCUUCCACACGCUGCACACAGAGUCCGGAGCCCGCCUCUCGCUCACCGCCGCCCACCUCAUAUUUGUGUCGGAGGGGAACUGCACUGAGGGGGCGCUGCCGGCCCGCGGCCUCAGGACGGUGUACGCCAGUGAUGCCCGCCCAGGACAGUGUGUGGUGGUGCAGGCGGGUGGAGAGGGCCGUCUGUCUCGGGUCAGCCGGGUCAGCAUGAGGGCGAGCCGGGGUGUGUUUGCCCCGCUCACCCAGCAGGGGACGCUGGUGGUGGAUGGCGUGGUGGCGUCCUGCUACGCGGUGGUUGAGCAGCACGCCCUGGCUCACUGGGCCUUCUCCCCGCUGAGGCUCCUCCACAGCUGGACGGGAGCCACGGGGCCCCAACAGGACGGGGUCCACUGGUACUCACUGCUCUUAGACUGGCUGGGUAGGAUGCUGCUGGACCCGUCGCGCCUCCACCCGCUGGGCCUGGCUCAGGGCGACAGAUGAACGGCCAAGGAAGGUCACAUGGAGGAUUACUGAACCUUUUCUUACUGGGAUGAGCCCAGAACCAGGCCUAUAGGACCAUGCCGGACGUUUGGGUUCCUCCUGAGGCAUGCUGGGAGGCGGCGGGACGAGGAAGCGGUGACCUGACACACAUGAACUCAGAUCAUUACUAUAAGAGCACUCACAAGGAGCGCAAAAGAAGACUUAUUCCGUCCUUUAAAACUAUGAAACAACAAUUCCUUAAUACAGGACAGGUUUUAAGGUGUGGUUAAAGGAAGUACUUUUCCACAGUCACUGCAUUUCCUUAUAGUCAUGCAUAGAAACAGACAAGAGUCUUAACAGGGGGCUAUUACUCAUUCAUCCACACUUCAAAAUACACAAACUGCUCCAUGAAUUAACCCUGAAACACACCGAACACUUUAGCUAUCAUCGUGUUAUUAACGUUGGUAUUGAGAACAGAGAGUAUUCUGGUAUGUAAUGGGAUAUAUCCUAUUCAUUAACACAAGGUAACAUUUUAAGGGUUUCUUAAUAGGUUUUCUGCUUUGGCUCAAGAGGCAAAAGGACCUCAACACAUGGCAUGAAAGCCCUCCCUGCAACCUAAAUAAAGAAUAAAGGCACUUUUAUGGUACAAUGUAUAUUAAGGGAUGUUUUUACAUUGUUUUGGUACGUCUUAAAACUCUUAAUCUGUGCAGAUAACCUUUCACAAAACCCUUCAUAUAAUAGAAUCACUGCCUAAUAAUAACAACACCUUAAAUCUGUUUAUUAUUUGAUUUAUCAAAUAUGUAAAAUUUGUGUGUGUCAAUUUAACGGUGUUGAAAAUAAAGGUGAAAACGUGGAAUAUUAAGGUUGAAGAUAAAGGGAAUUAGUUUCAUAGUCAGAGUCUGUGUUGUAUGUAACAUUACUGCUUUAAUACAGAGAUUUUAGAAAAAGUUAUAGUGUAUUUAAGUGUUAUUUGUUUACAAAAAUCCAAUAAUGUUUAAGAAGUUAUUUUGGUUGAAGAGAUAUUAAAAGAAGAUUUAUUUUUUAAAUUAAAUUAUACGGAAAUGA